AUGGGUGUGAUCCAGUGCUUCGUGAACAGAGGCACAGAAACUCCGGACACUAACCUGAGGCAAGCUCUUUGUUUGCUGGCCGGCUUGGCUGUCAGUGCUUUGCUGAUAUACGUAUACGUCAACGAUGCGGUGCCGCAGCCUUUCUUCGGGAUGAAGAUGCCCACGGUGCCCGGGCUCCAGGUGGUCAUGCUGCUUAAUUGUGCGCUGGGCUUUUCAUCCGGCUUCGGUGGCGGCGCAUUUGCUUGGGCCUCCUCAGAGCUGACGACAAUUGCUCAGGACAUAGACACGUGCAUACACGAUGCGACUUGGCAAGAGGUGGAAGGCGUGGAAGGAGCGGCUGCCACAGUCAAGAAGGAUUUGGACAAGCUCUUUGAGAUUUGUCCACCUGCAAUUGAGCAAAUGCUCGGGGCAUCGGUUUCGCAAGCAAAAGGGCACAUUGCCACUGCUAAGACGGAAGCGGGCCUCACAGUCGAAGCUUUGCGGGACCUGCCAGGGCUACUGCAGGAUGCAGCCUCUGAAACCAGUGAGAUGUCGGGAUGGCAGCUGGUGCUGCAAUGGAAUUGCUGGCUCCCUCUGCUAGCCGGGCUGAGCCUUUCGGCAGUGCUGGUCUGCGGAGGUGCAGCUGGCGCCCCAGAUUAUCCAGUGGGUCUGUAUUUCCUCGCCGCCCAGAAUGCGACGGUGAACAAGCAUCUCACGAAGAAACUCUCGUCCAGAGCGUUCCUCGACCUGAUGGCCGGAGAGACAUCCAGCAGCUAUGGGCUGGCCGAGUAUUAUCUCACAGGUGAGGUGGACAACCCGGCAGUUGAGCAUCUCCAACGGGCCCAGCAGGCCGUCUCUGCCAGCGUCAGCUGGCUGGAUGAGAAUGCCCUUGUGCAGACGUGUCCAAUGUGGGAAGCUCAACGAGUCUACGGAGAUCUCACCGCUCUGCAUGCCAGUCUCAACGUCAGCGAGGAGUCAGUCCUCAAGCCAUCCAACCUUUACGGGCACUACAAAGAGGCUGUUCAUGCUGGCUUGGCCAUCACCCAGAUGAUUCUAGGUGCAAUUUGCCUGCCCUUCUUGACCGUGACCGCCUCUUGGGUACUGGACUACCUGUCCAGGGGCGGCGCUUACCAGAAGCUUGACAAGGAAGGGCAGAGUAGUGAUGACGAGGCUGCCUCGAAGGAGGGUGAGUUGAAUGCCCUCUACUAUGUUGUUUAUGCAUUCUCUGCCUUGAUAUUUGCGGUGGGGGCCUGGAUGUAUUUUGUGCCACAACCUGGACUGGUGAGACCCAUCACGGGCACACUGCUCUUCGGCAGUGGCGUUUUUCUGAUGAUGAACUCCGACUUGAUUGUUACUUACUUCCGUCUGCACGAGCAGGUGGAAAAGUUCAGGAAGAACAAUGAAGGUUAUCAGAAAAACCUCGAGAAGGAGGCUCAGGAGGUCAGAGACUUGCGAAGGGCUCAAAAAGGCUUCGAAGAGAUAGAUCGCAAAUUUGGCAAGGACGUUGAGCGAGCCAUGAAGGAAAUCAAAGUGAUGCAAACCACGGCCCGUUCUCAAGUGGGAAUGACAAUAGGAAGGAUGGUGAAAAUCUAUUUGGACGCAGAUGGGGACAAGCGAAUAGCUGAUGCCGAGCUUGAGGAGGCUGUGGCCACCAUGGCCGACAUCUUCGGAGCCAUGAUCAAAGGCUUGAGGACAGAACGGCUUCCUAAGAUGCUGGAGGCGAUCCGAGGACAUCGGUCUUUCCGCAAGGAAAAAACCAUAACGCUGGACGCAUUUUCCAAGGCUUUUGAGAUCACGCUAUUCGUGCCUGACGUGAAGCAGGUCGCACAGUCUGUGAAGACUGUACUGGACGAUGCCGAAAUCAAGGCAGCGGCGAGAGCUUCCAAGAGAGGGAGAGCUUCUCCCAAAGCAUCUCCAAAGGCCUCUCCUUAG